GUAAUCCGCUUUGUAGUUUACUAACCUCCUCCUCCUCUCUCUCUCUCUGUCUCUCUCUCGACUCGGUGCAUUGUUAGGGUAUUUGCCCUCGAGAGGUUCGGCGACUGGGGAGAUGGUGGCGGACAAGGGGAAGAGGUCGAAGGUGGAGGAGGAGGCCCCGUAUCACAUCGAUGGCGAGCUUGUGCUCUCCAUUGAAAAGCUUCAGGAGAUCCAAGACGAGAUCGAGAAGGUUAAUGAGGAAGCAAGCGACAAAGUUUUAGAGAUCGAACAAAAAUACAACGAGAUACGCAGGCCAAUCUACAGAAGGAGGAAUGAGAUUAUUCAAUCUAUUCCUGAUUUUUGGUUAACUGCAUUUCUUAGCCAUCCAGUAAUUUCUGAUCUUGUAACUGAGGAAGACCAAAAGAUCUUAAAGUACUUGGUGUCCUUAGAUGUGGAAGAUUUUAAAGAUGUGAAGUCUGGCUACUCUAUUACCUUUAAUUUCUCCCCAAACCCUUACUUCGAAGAUACAUGUUUGACAAAGACAUAUUCCUUUGAUGAGGGAACAACUAACAUAAAUGGCACUACAAUAAAGUGGAAGGAGGGAAUGAAUAUUGCAAACGGCAUUUCUCAUGAAAAGGAAGGGGGUAAGAGACCCUUAGUCGAAGAAAGUUUCUUUUCCUGGUUCAAUGAGACUCAACCCAAAAAUCUUGCAGAAGGAUUCUCAGACGAGGUGGCUGAGAUGUUAAAGGAAGAUUUAUGGCCGAAUCCGUUGAAGUACUUCAACAAUGAGAUCGACGAGGAGGAUUUUGAUGGAGAGGAGGAAGAUGAGCAGAAAGGAACCGAACACGACGAUGAAGAUGAGUCAGGAGAUGAAGACGGCGAAGGAGACGACAACUAAAUAGUCACCAAAGCAUUCUGAGAACAACUUUGCAUGAAUGGCAUUAUCAACUCUGGAUGAACAAGAACGUUUUUUUUUUUGUUUGUUUGUUUUUUGCAGGCCUCGAAGUAGUAUUAACUAACUGCAGGUUCAUGGUCUGUUUGCUUUCUUCCUUUGUAGAGCAUUUUGUUUACUGCUAUUAAUCUUAAUGCAAGUUUAUGGCAUCAAAUAUUUCUUCCCUGGAUCA